AUGCCAAAAACCCAUACGUGUUCAACCUGUGAUUCACUAAAUAUUAUAAUAAGUUCAAAUAACGCUAAUGAAUCUGAGGUUGAACAUCUCCAAGUAAAAUUACGCCUACAUCAAACUCGCGCGCAGGCAAAGCAGCAAAACCUUAAAGACGAAAUAAAGAAAAAUGAAGAAAUUCACAACACCGACAUAAUUUCAUUUGACUUGCAACAAACCUUACCCACACCUUCAUUGACUGUUGGCGUAGCAUUUUACCUUAGAAAAGCAUGGACCUACAAUCUUGGCAUACAUGAUUGUGUAUCUGGGCAAGGUCAUAUGUUUAUGUGGACAGAGUCAGUUGCAAAAAGAGGAAGUUCCGAAAUUGCUAGUGUACUUCUAAAGUAUAUAACCAGUAAGCCAACAAGAUCUGAAAAUCUUGUUGUCUUUACUGAUGACUGCGGGGGCCAAAACAAGAAUUGGUUAAUAAUGGUUUUGUGGCUGCAUUUAGUUAGGGAAAAAUUUUACAAAACCAUAGAACAUCGUUUUCUCGUAUCUGGUCACACUCAUUUGCCUUCAGAUAGAGAUUUUGCUUUAAUAGAAAAACAUAAAAAAUAUGUUACACAAGUAUUUUCUCCAGAAGAAUGGUUUGAAAUUGUGAGAAAAUCGAACAGGAAAAAUCGAACAAGACGAUUUUUAUAG